AUGUCGAGCUCCAUGGAACCCCGGCCACUCACGUCGGCCUUUGAAAGCCCGACUUUUGACGAGGAUAGCUCAUUCCAUGUGCCACAGCCGGUCGGAUCCAUGUCCAUAUCUCCAUGUGGGCGCGAUGUGGUUCUGGCGUCCAAGGAGGGCCUUCACGUUAUCGAUCUGGACUCGCCUUACUCCCCGCCACGAUAUCUCCCUCACCAUACGCCAUGGGAGGUCGCCGAUGUGCAGUGGUCGCCGUUCGCCUCACGCGACUACUGGGUCGUAAGUACUUCCAACCAGAAAGCGCUGGUGUGGAAUCUGGCCAUGAAGACAUGGCAGAACUCCAUCGAGUUUGUGCUGCAUGCUCAUUCGCGCGCAAUCACCGAUAUCAAUUGGUCAGCCUUCCAUCAGGAUAUACUGGCGACCUGUGCAGUCGACAGUUUCGUGCAUUGCUGGGAUCUGCGCACACCUUCACGGCCCGCCAUUUCGUUCUCAGAUUGGUUCACUGGCGCCACCCAAGUCAAAUGGAACCGACAAGACCCUCACGUUAUCGCAAGUUCUCAUGAUCGAUAUCUCCGAAUCUGGGAUGACCGUAUGGGUGCCUACCCGAUCAAAUCCAUUGAAGCCCACGACACCAAGAUCUAUGGUGUGGACUGGAAUCGAGUUAGGCGAGGAGCGCUAGCAACAUGUUCAUUGGACAAGACCAUCAAGUUCUGGGAUUAUACGACCGAUACGGAGGUGCCGGAGAAGUUGAUCCGCACACCAUUUCCUGUAUGGCGCGCUCGCAACACGCCUUUCGGAUGGGGCGUACUUGCCAUGCCGCAGCGAGGCAACAGCGAUCUCCACCUCUAUAGCCGGCGAGCUGGUGAGGGGAGCAACCCGGAAGAUGAUCUGCCCCUGGUCCAUAGUUUCCCUGGUCACAAAGGACAGGUGAAAGAAUUCCUGUGGAGACCGCGAGGAGGCGUGGUGGAUGGAAUCGAUAAUCGGGAGUUCCAACUCGUUACAUGGGGAACCGAUCGUGAGCUGCGUCUUCAUCGCGUGGAUCCCGAGAUUCUGGAGCGUGUCGGAUACGAGAAAGGAAAAUCCUUCAUCUCAACUCGAAACGUGACACGAUUGGGCGCAGUCUAUCGAAGCUUCAGGGAUGUGAACUCGGAUCUAGAUGUGGAUGAACUCGAUGCCGCAUCAUCUGUGGGCCCUCAUCAUGCGACAACCACCCAGUAUCCUGGGGGUCCCGGCAUGAAUGCCAUUUCGGUGCCGCACGCCCGCGCCUGGACGCGCAGUCGCCAUGUCGAUACCCGGAUAGGUAUGCAGCCGCGUUCAAAUCUCCGAGCCGAUACCAACCCGAUUGCGUGGAUGCGCGGCGUGAAGAUUUCGGGUUGGGACAUUGAGACCCUGGGAGAUGAGAUCAGUCAUGUGGGCGAAAAGUUCAGCAAGGUUGCAUUCGAGUCAGUGGAUGUGCGACAGAGGAAAAUUUCUAUCUCACUGAAUGGUCCCUGGGGCGCGGAAGCUGCAUCCUUGUUUCUCAAGGUUGAUAUCAAGUUCCCCGUCAGCUAUCCCAAGACAUCCAUUCCCACCUUUAAUUUCCAGAAGACAGCUGCCGUCACCGACGAGUUGUCUCAGAGACUCACCGCUGAACUGCGAACUAUCGCCGAGACCUACAUGUCGAGGAAGCGAGGUUGUUUGGAAGGCGCGGUGCGCUAUCUUUUGGGAGAGAGUAGUCUGGAGGAGAGCAUCGCGUGGAUUCUGGGUGAGACCGGCGAUAAUGUUAAAUCGCCUAUCAAUGGUGAAUUGGAGGGCGAGUCCAGUGAUGAAGACGAAGUAGGCAUGACGCAAAGCCAAGAACUGGGAAUGAGCUCAGAACUACUUCGACCGGUCAAUGCCAAUGUGAUGGUGCCGGUUGCCAAGGGCUGCGGUGCGUUGUGGGCAAACGAUGGCCGUCUGAUCUGCUUCUUCCCGCCGAAAAAGGACAAGUCGACGGAGCUGUUCGAUAAUAUUGGAUUCAAAGAGAUGAGUCGAUUGUCCCGGACAGACAAGGUCUUUGAAGGCUUCGGCCGCCUGCAGACAAGCUCCCCGGGCCCGCGCAUGACCGGUACAAUCACAAGCACCGAUGACGGCGCAUCUGAUUACUCCGACGACUCAUACUCUGAAACAUCGAGCUCAUCUGGUUCAUCUGAUAUUCUCUCUGGGUUGCCAGCCCGCUUCCAAGCACCUCAGACCUGGCGCAGUGCCGGUAGUAUCGGCAUUUACAGACCACGGUCGACGGACAACUCUCAAAGAUCUACUGCUGGAGCCGCGACGGCAAAACUGCCCGAGGCGCCCCGCAACAUUGUGUCUAUCCAUGAUUUGAGCCACAUGUUGCCAGUCAAGCGGGAGCUUGCUAGCAAAUAUCGUAUCUGCGGCAAAGGAACAGAUGUGUGCGCUCACAAUGCUGCCGUCGCUCUAGACGCGGGCUGCUACGAGUUGGCUCAAAUCUGGGGUCUCAUCAAAUUGAUUCUUCAUGUUCGAAGGAAACCGGCCUCUACCCUGGAAUCAAGGAUGGGAAUGAAAAAAAUCGUACAGAGUAUCGGCAGCAUGACCCCUACCCAAGCUACUGUGAAGGAUGGGCUCUACAAAGAUCUCGCGAGCAGUGUGAUUCGGUGGGGAGACCAUCCUAUGGGGAGCCACUGGCUUGUCCCUGCUCUGUUUGACCAUUUCGAGCGUAUUGGCGAUGUGCAGAUGGUGGCAAUGCUUUCCUGUGUCUUGCUGGAGGCGAACCACGAGGGCCGGUCAGACAAACUAUCGGAGCCUCGUCUUGAAGAACGGGCGUUCUCCCUAGAGUUCUCAUCGGUUGCGUCAACCGUGCAGAACAGCAAAUCGCAAGCUGCUACUCCUGCUUCGUCUCUCCCGCGAGAGCCUCAACCUUUGCCUCCUCACACAUCGGCCCGCUCGUCGAGUGAGAUCUGGCGCUUCGAAUCCACUCCUCCUUACUCUACUGGUACUACGCCUCCCUUGAGUUCUUCCCGCCCACGGGGUAUUGCUGCCGACCGCAAGGCUCUCAGCCAUAAUGUCUCGAUAGCAGCAUCGCCAGAUCAACAAUCACAACCUCGAAGUGGGUCUGGAUUUGGAUCCGUGCUUGCUUCGUCAUUAUCACGUUCCUUCACCUUUGGGCCUUCAUCGGCUUCGCCGCCCGCGAGCCAUCUAAUGAAAAAGAAGCCAAGCCCGGGUCAAAGCCCGGGCGCGGCAACUGUGCCGGUGGCCCCAUCCGAUACCGAAAGUGACCGUCCUCAGCCAAGUAAACCGGCAGCUCGAUUCAAGGUCACUCUGAAGAAUCAAAGCGCGUUUGAUAGCGAAGAUGCCGCACCCGAAUCUCUACUUGACCGCGAUAAGGAAUGGCUAUACCGGUCGUACCGCGCUGCGUACGCCGAAUUGCUGUCCAUCUGGGGACUUCCUGUCCAGCAGAGUGAAGUCCUGAAGAUCGGGGCUGUGGCUGACAAUGCGGAUGAUGAUAUGCAUACCAGCCAGUACUGGAGUAACCGCAGUUCCAAGACAGCAUCAACCCUCCCUGAGGUAACACCAAACGCUGCCCCCUCAGGCUUUGAUGGUCUUGAUUUCCAGCGCCACUGUGCCAGUUGCGGCCAUGCUCAGCAGACAUCCAUCUUUGCUCCACUGGUAACCCCAGACACCCCGUCUAAGCGCUCCCGCCGGGGACAGACUGCAACGUCUCGCUGCUCUAACUGCAAACCCCGCCAACCUCUCCCUACCCGAUUGCCCUGCGUAAUCUGCGGCGAAGUUGUCGACGGAAUGCUGGUACCGUGUCUCGGCUGCGGCCAUGUGAGCUGCUUCUCCUGCCAACGUCACUGGUUCCUUCGAACAAGCGAUGGAUUCGAUAGUCCGAUUAAUCCACCCGAGGACACCGGUGUUUUGCCGACAUGCCCUACCGGCUGUGGCUGCAACUGCUCCGAGUAUGUCACAGCAGAAGUGCCCAUGCCGCCAGUAUGGGAGUCUCCCAUGUCACCGCGCACCAAGCCAGAAACCACCGGUCUCCCCCACCGGAACGUGUCUCAUGAGAAACGACAUCGUCGCCGUCAGUCUGAACCACCUUCGGGCCCAGACUCGAGCGGCCGCAACACUCCUACCUCGAAGACGGGAGUUGGUCAGCUUCAAGAUGAAUUGGAUCUGUGGCAGACAUCGUCACCGUUUGCCUCCCUUGCGCGGGGUAUGGGCGGUGGACUGAGUCAGGGUCUACCGACGAAGGAUGGUCGAAAGAAGAACCGGACGGUUGCAAUUGCUACGCCUAAGGACAGAGGGAAAUGA